CCCGGAAACACACCAUCCAGCGCUCUUUAGUUCCGCCGCUCACUGAAAGCGAGUGCCUGCUGAAGAGGGAGAAAUCUUGAGGUUCAGGAGUCCACGAGGCACGAGGCAGGUCAGAGUGACUGUACAGUGAGGACAGAGGAGGCGUCUCAUUACUGUAGUCAUCACUCUUCAGGAGUCUUCAUGUAGACUUUGAUCCGCUGAAGCAGCGACAUUCACACAGUCCUGAACCUCCUGGAAAAUAAAGAGCAUUAGCUGCCUUUAACUUCAGAUUCUACCGGCAACAUGGACAUUUCUCUUUCAAGGCUGCUGUUGUUUCUGGUGUUGCUGAUAGCGCUGCUGUCCUGUGUUUCUGCUGUAGACAAACUCAACAUGUGUAUGGAUGGAAAACACCAGAUAUCAGAGCCCAGACCAGAGGGACAGCUGUAUCAGCAGUGUGCUCCGUGGAAAGAUAACGCCUGCUGCACAGCGAACACCACAGAAGAAGCUCAUCAGGAUAAUUCAUACCUGUACAACUUCAACUGGAAUCACUGCGGCAUUAUGAGCGACAAAUGUAAGGAACACUUCAUUCAGGACACGUGUUUCUACGAGUGCUCGCCGCACCUGGGGCCCUGGAUUCAGCCGGCCAGCGAGUCGUGGCGUAAGGAGCGUAUCGUGGACGUGCCGCUGUGUCUGGAGGACUGUGAGAGCUGGUUUGAGGACUGUAAGGAUGACUUCACCUGUAAAGAGAACUGGCAUAAGGGCUGGGACUGGAGCUCGGGCAUUAACCGCUGUCCGCGCGACUCUCACUGCAGCCGCUGGACGGAGAUCUUCCCCAGCGCUCAGGACAUGUGUGAGAAGAUCUGGUCAAACUCCUACAAGUACACCACGCUCACCAAAGACAGCGGCCGCUGCAUGCAGAUGUGGUUCACGGGUCCGAACCCCAACAGAGAGGUGGCUGAGUAUUACCUGAGUGGCGGUCCGGAGACGGUUGCCAUGGCAACAGGCCUGCAGGUGUUUGUGCUGCUCGUGAUGCAGCUGCGCUGACCGGAUCACAGUCACACCUGAGAAUAAACAUCUAAAGAUCUAAAGACCAACGCAAUGCAGGACUGUUGAUUUUCUGUGCAUGUAUCUAAGCCAAAGCAGAAUUCAAAAUGUUUGUUUAUGAUAAGCCACUUUCAUGUGCUAAACCAUGUGACUUUGAGUAAUAUGA